GGAAUGAGUAAGUGGGGGUUGUUCACUAAAGAUAUAUAUGUACAGUAAGGACAUGCUUUUAUAUCUAAGUGAGUGGCAGUACUAUCGGUGCAACGGGAACUCGGUAUACUUCGAACCGGUACAAAGGGAAUUCUAUAGCCGGAUGCACGUUGACUCUCACCCAGAAACACCUUAGACUGUUUAGUACUGGCCCAGUUCUGGGAUGUCGCAGGACUCCAUCACAUGAGCGACACAGGCAUAUGAACUCGUAGGACCGUGGGACGAAUAGUAUCGAAAAGUUCGAAUGGCGGCAGUCUGUCUGGCAUGUCUUUGUCGCACGUAUGCUUGACAUGUCGCGAAGCUCAAAAGUUUGCACUAUAAAAUACUUCACGUACUUUGAACAAGUAACAUACUAAGCAUAAUGGUCAUGGUACAAUCCACUCCUCGAGUCUGGCUGAUUACUGGUUCUUCCACUGGGUUCGGCAGGGCGAUGGUGGAAGAAGUCCUGCUUAAUGGCGAGAUUGCUGUCGCGACUCUGCGCAAGCCCUCCGUCCUCGAUGAUCUCGUCGCCAGAUACCCGCGCACCCAGCUCUUAGUACUUCCACUGGAUGUGACAAAUGAGGUGCAGGUCAAAUCUGCCUUUGUGCAGGCCAAGGACACCUUUGGACGAGUCGAUGUAGUGUAUAACAACGCGGGGCAGUUGUUGAUUCAGGAGCUGGAGGGGGUACCAAUGGACCGUGCCAGGGCGCUGAUGGAUGUCAAUUUCUGGGGUGCAGUAACGGUGAGCUUCGAGGCGGUCAGAUUCUUUAGAGAGGUGAAUCCGAAGGGUGCUGGAGGAAUGCUCGUCCAAGUAUCAAGCAUGGCAGCAACCACCGCCCACCCGAUGGUCGGGUUCUAUAACUGCACGUGAGUGGGUCGACGCUGUCUGAUUAAAUGUCGCUGAGGCAUUUGGUGUUCGUAGGAAAGCGGGUAAUGUUGCUUGUGGCAGACUGUGUGACUUUAUCUCACCACCGCUGUGUAGCCUUGGAUUCGUUCACCGAAGUUCUGGCACAGGAGCUCCUUCCCGCUUGGAACAUUCGGGUGAGUAACUACAGACAACAGUUUCCGAGGGCUGAGCACUGAGUGGUCAUACAGUUCGUGAAUGUCCACCCAGGCACAACGCGUACGCCCAUAUUGUCAAGUGAGAUACUAGAGCCUCCAGCAUUGUAUGCAUCGGAACCAACAGCUUUGACGACUAAGAUACG